AUGGAGGCGGAAGGGAGCAGCAGCGAGAGAGAAAGGCUAACUAACUGGGCUUCGUUGGGGCCGUCACUGGGCUUUAAGGCCGGAGAGGCGGGCCACAAAGCCACGUCGCUUCGUCGCCACCCUCCAAGUUUCCGCGUCACCACCCCCUGCUCCGACGAAACCGGCUGCAAAAUGCGCGCGGUGGAUCCACCCCCGUCGCCUCUUCCCCGCUUUCUCAUCCCCGAUCCGAGUUCGUCGUCGGAGUCGGGAGCCGAGUGGAUCGCACCGGCGGAGGUGAGAACCAGUUCCUCGUCUUCCACUCCCCAGGUCCCUCCAUUCUUAUGGGCCUGGAGUAAUACAAACAUGUUUAGCACAGUAAAGGUCCACAAUGUCUCACUUCAAGCAUCAGAACGAGUUAUCAAGGAGUUCUUUAGCUUUUCUGGUGACAUCGUACAUGUCGAAAUGCAAAGUGGUGAUGGGCGUUCUCAGUUCGCCUACAUCACCUUCAGAGAUGAGCAAGGAGCGGAGAGGGCAAUGCUUUUGACAGGUGCGACUAUAGUGGAUAUGGCUGUCAUCAUCACCCCAGCCACAAAUUACCAGCUGCCAGCAGCCGUUUUAGAUGAUUUAGAGUCAAAAAGUCCUAGUAGCAUAGAAGCUGCCCUUCGAAAGGCAGAGGAUGUUGCUGGUUCCAUGUUGGCCAAAGGAUUUAUUCUUGGCAAGGACGCCGUUGAAAAGGCAAAGACUUUUGAUGAAACACAUCAGCUCACGUCGACUGCAAGUGCUAAAGUAUCUUCCAUUGAUAAGAGUCUAGGCCUCAGUGAGAAGAUCAGCACUGGCACCAUAGUGGUGAAUGAGAAAAUGAAGGAAAUGGAUGAGAAAUACCAGGUUGCAGAGAAGACCAAGUCUGCAUUGGUAGCUGCGGAGCAGACUGUUUCUACUGCUGGUUCCAAGUUCAUGAGACACAGAUAUAUCCUUACCGGCGCAGCAUGGGUAACUGGUGCCUACAGCAAAGUUGCGACGACUGCGACUGAGGCCUACAACAAGGAAAGGGCGAUGGCUGAGCAGGAAGAUGAACUCGUGAAGAGUUCUGAAGAGGCAGGACAAGAGAGCAAGUGUCAGGAAGGUGAUCCAGCUAAGGUGUCUGUUCCAGAAAAUACUGAAACGGGCCAAAUGGCAGAUCAGGAGGGCGAAUGUCCAAAGACCAACAAACCAGAAGAUACUGAAACGGGUAAAGACGAACAGAAAUCUCAAGAUGGUGAUAUCGCAAAGGCCCAAACUCAAGAAAAUACUGAAAUAACGGCUGAGGAGCAUAAGCAUCAGGAGGCUGAGUUACCGAAGGCCAGCACACCUGAAAGUCUGCUGAUGGCUGAGCAAACUGAGCAGGAACACAAGCAACCGGUCACUGAAGUUGCAAACAGCAAUAUUCCAAGCAGCCCUGUAACCAUCGCCGUCUGCAUGGCCACUGAUGAUGCAAAAUCUAGCAAUUCCCCAAAGAAGCCCGGACCUGCCUAGGGAUGCAUUUGAUGAUUUAUUUGAUAGUGCAGCUGCAACUGAAUUAUAUUGUCUUCUGUAGUUUGUUUUGUCGAUGUGUUGUUGUUUUAUUAUGGAAGGAAAGUGGUGCCACAAGCUUUAUUGUCUGUACAAAGUAACCAUGGUGUCUGCUUAUUUUCUAGAUUCCGACUGCCCGGUGUAUUUUCAUUUGUUUUUAUAGAGCCUUUGCUACAA